AUGACAAGCAAAGGGUUGAUGUUUUUUGUUACUCUCAUUCCAAUAGUGAUUGCUGUCUAUCUCUACCGAUUUCAACACACCCCAGAUCAUAAAAAGAAUUUAAAUCAAACAUCUUCACUUUCUGAAUAUCUUCAAUAUCACAAUUCGGAAUGGGAAAUUAUUAAAACAAAUAUUCAAUUAACAGCGCCUCCCUCCACGAUCCAUCACCUUCGUCACAAGAGAACAAAGCUCGAAUGGUUUCAUGUGGAUCAUCCCAAUGACCACAAUAAUUUCUUUUCAAUUUCUUUUCGAACUCCACCAACAGAUAAUACUGGAUUGACACAUAUUUUAGAACAUUUAGUAUUAUGUGGAUCAAAGAAAUAUCCUGUCCGAGAUGCAUUCUUUUCCAUGUUGAAAAGAUCUUUAUCCACCUAUAUGAAUGCUUUUACUGCUGCUGAUAUAACAUCUUAUCCAUUCGGAACACAAAAUCAAAAAGAUUUUUAUAAUUUAAUGCAAAUUUAUUUAGAUGCAGUGUUUAAUCCAUUGUUGCGAAAAUUGGAUUUCACACAAGAGGGAUACAGAUUUGAAUUUCAAGAACAUGAUCAAAUUCAAUCAAAUUUAACCUUUAAAGGAGUGGUCUAUAGCGAAAUGCAAGGAGUGAUGGGAGAUGCCAAUAAUUAUUUUGCAUUUGAAUUGAAUCGAUUGUUAUUUGAUCGAUUCAAUAAUUUCACUACCAACAGCACUAAUCCAUCACAUCGCUACAAUUCUGAAUUUCUAAAGUCUCUCCACAGCUAUUCUUUCAAUUACGGUGGAAAGCCAGAAAAUAUUAUUGAUUUGAAAUAUGAAGAUUUAGUUGCCUAUCAUAAGAAAUAUUAUUCUCCAAAUAAUGCACUAAUCUUUACCUAUGGAAGCUUUUCAUUCAUUUCUCAUCUCAAUUUUGUGAAGGAACAACAAUUAUUGGAUCAAUUUGAGGAUUCGAUGGAGGUGAUCAAUGUAGUUCAAGUCAAAGACAGUUCACAAGAUCACAUCUCGUCACAACAAGUGCAAUCAUUGAUCACACAACCCAAUGAUAUUCACUAUUUUUAUGGUCCUGAAGAAUCCAUUAUUCAUAAUCCGGAAAAGCAGCUCAAAUAUGCCAUGACUUUUUUCACACAGCAGCCAGUGAACGGAUUUUUUGAAGUUUUCCAGAUGCGAAUGUUGGAUUUAUUGUUACUGGAAAAUCCACGAGGACCACUGUAUCAAUCACUCAUUGAAUCUAAACUAGCACCUCGAUUUUUAUCAAUUACAGGUUUCGAGAAGACUGAUUUACUACGUAAACAACCAACUUUUGUGAUUGGAGUUUCUGAAAUUGGUGAAUCAGAUGUUGCCAUCGUUGAGGAAACUAUUAACAAAACUCUUACUUUUGUCAUCAAACAAGGUUUUCGAAAGGAAUAUGUGGAAUCCAUUCUUAAUAGAAUUGAAAUUAGUAAUAAGAGAGUAUCGGCAAAUUAUGGAUCUUCCUUAAUGAUGGAAAUUCCACCUUUUUGGUGUAACGGAGAUAGUCAUCGGUUGGAAGAGGUUAUUGAUAGCGAAACUAACAUCAAACGUCUUAGACACGAGCUUACACAAUCUCCAACACUCUUUCAAGAUUUAAUUGCAAAAUAUUUGAGAACAGAUUUAUCAUUACGAGUAGUCAUGAGGCCUAACAAGAAUCAAUUGAAUGAAUUUAAGGAGUUUGAACAAGGUACAUUACAACAAGCACAAAGCACCAUGUCUGAAAUUGAAAAGAAACAAAUUGUGUCACAUUCUGUUCAGCUCAAGGAGUAUCAAAACACUGAAAAAUUGAAAGACAUUGAUGCCAUUUUACCAUCUCUUACUCUGUCUGAUAUUGACACUUCGAUUCUUUACAAAUUAGAUCCUUAUAUUCAACAAGGUCAAUUAAUGGGAGUUAACGUGACAACCUAUGAACAAGAAACAAAUGGAUUAGUUCACUUGAGUAUCAAUGCAGAAUUAUGGAAUGGAGAGAACAUUCUAUUGGACAAUCAACUCUUAGAUUUGUUACCAUUUUUCACCUAUUGCCUUACAAAGAUGGGAACCAAAGAACUCGACAAGACCGAAUUAACAGAAAGGAUUGACAUGUUCACAGGAGGCAUAACAUCCAAUGUAUUUUUCUCUCCCAAAGCAAUUCCAUCACAGAAUCAAACUCAUAUUGAAAAAUUUGGAGUGAAUCUCUAUUCUGAGGCUGUUUAUGAAAAGGUGCCAAUCAUGUUAAAGUUACUUUUAGAUAUCAUGACAGCACCUCGAUUUGAAGAUGUUAAAUAUUUAGAGACAUUAUUUGAGGAGUAUGCAACUUCUAUUGGAGAGAGUUUAACACAAAAUGGACAUGAAUUUUCUCGGUCAUACUCUGCAUCUGUAUUGAAUGACUAUUCUUUGCUCACUGAACGGUUGACAGGAAUCUCUCAUUUUAUGUUUAUUAAGGAGUUUAAGAAAUUACAUCAAGAAAAUUUAGCACAAGUUCUACUCGAUCGUAUGCAUUCCCUACUUGAUUCUAUUUAUCAUAAUAUUACUGUUGCAGUCACUUGUGAAAGUAGUUAUUUACAUGAAUUGAAACAAGAGCUUACCUCUUUUUUAAAGCUGUUGAACAAUGGUCAACGUUCUAGAGCACAACCAUUCACAUCAACAACAUCAAUUAAUCAUUCAUUAUUAUCCAUAGCAUCCAAAUCUACAGAAAAGAAAGGAACAUUUAUUGAAUUGAACUUUCCUGUGAACUAUGUCUCUAUCAGUUUUGCUACGAAUACCAAUUAUUUGAAUCAAGAUUUUGCCUCUCUUUCUGUGUUCGCUGCUUAUUUAUUUCCAAUUUUACACAAAGAAAUUCGUGAAAAAGAAGGAGCUUAUGGUCAAAAAUCAAACAUGUUUCGUGAACAAGUUUUCUCAUUCUACACUUAUAGAGAUCCUAAUACUUACAAAACAAUUGAUAUAUUUAGGAGAGCAUUGAGUAAUAUUUGUCAAGCACACUCACUGGAAUCCAUUAGUGAGAAAGAACUUUUUGAAUCCAAAUUGAGUGUUUUAAAGAAAUUGGACACACCCAUGGAACCGCAUCAAAGAUUUUCGCUUCACUUUUUGCAUCAUCUCACCGAUGACAUGAGACAACAAUUUAGAAAUAAUUUACUAGAGGUUCGAGUUGAAGAUUUAUUAAGAGUGUGUCGAAAGUUUUUACUCAACGUUCCUGAACAUUUGCAAUCGAUUACCAUCAUGGGAUCUAGACCAAAAGAAGGAAGUCUUGACAAUCAUUUUGAAUUUAUUGCAUUGUAA